UACGGCCGCAGGGACGGAGCGAGCCGGCGCCAGGGCCACUCUGGCCGGGGAGCAGGGCGGGCGGGUGAGGUUGAUGCCCGGCGGCGGGGCGAGCGCGGCGUCUGGCCGGCUUUUCACCGCCGCAGAGCAAAGAGGGACCCGGGAAGGGGCGGGGUCGGCGUCCAGGUGCGGCCCGGGGGUCUCCGGCUCCGGCAGCGGCAGAGGCGGAGCGGGCGUCCCCGGGCCGGGGAGUGGAGGCCCGGGGGGCCCUGCGGGCAGGAUGAGCCUGACCCCGAAGGAACUCUCGAGCCUGCUGAGCAUUAUCUCGGAGGAGGCGGGCGGCGGCAGCACCUUCGAGGGCCUGUCUACCGCAUUCCACCACUACUUCAGCAAGGCCGACCACUUCCGCCUGGGCUCGGUGCUGGUCAUGCUGCUGCAGCAGCCAGACCUGCUGCCCAGCGCGGCGCAGCGCCUCACGGCGCUCUAUUUGCUCUGGGAGAUGUACCGCACCGAACCGCUCGCCGCCAACCCCUUCGCCGCCAGCUUCGCGCAUCUGCUCAACCCCGCGCCGCCCGCCCGCGGCGGCCAGGAACCCGACCGGCCGCCGCUCUCAGGCUUUUUACCUCCUAUAACUCCACCAGAAAAGUUUUUUCUUUCCCAGCUGAUGCUGGCACCCCCAAGGGAACUCUUCAAAAAGACCCCUCGACAGAUUGCCUUGAUGGAUGUCGGAAAUAUGGGCCAGUCCGUGGACAUCAGCGGGCUUCAGCUGGCCUUGGCCGAACGCCAGUCUGAGCUGCCAACUCAAAGUAAAGCCAGCUUCCCCAGCAUUCUCAGUGACCCAGACCCGGAUUCUUCGAAUUCUGGAUUCGACAGCUCGGUUGCCUCUCAGAUCACGGAAGCUUUAGUCAGUGGACCAAAGCCACCUAUUGAAAGCCACUUCCGGCCGGAGUUCAUUCGCCCACCACCUCCCCUGCACAUCUGCGAGGACGAGCUGGCCUGGCUGAACCCCACGGAGCCUGACCAUACGAUUCAGUGGGACAGGUCAAUGUGUGUGAAGAACAGCACUGGUGUGGAAAUCAAACGAAUAAUGGCCAAAGCCUUCAAGAGCCCCUUAUCUUCUCCUCAGCAAACACAGCUCCUGGGAGAGUUGGAAAAAGACCCCAAACUCGUUUAUCAUAUUGGUCUCACUCCAGCCAAACUUCCUGACCUAGUGGAAAACAACCCUCUAGUCGCUAUAGAAAUGUUGCUGAAGCUAAUGCAGUCAAGCCAGAUCACGGAGUAUUUUUCAGUUCUGGUCAAUAUGGACAUGUCCUUACAUUCAAUGGAAGUUGUAAACCGACUUACUACAGCUGUUGAUCUGCCUCCUGAAUUUAUUCACCUUUAUAUAUCAAAUUGCAUUUCUACCUGUGAACAAAUUAAGGAUAAAUAUAUGCAGAAUCGUUUGGUGCGUCUCGUGUGUGUUUUUCUCCAGUCCCUGAUCCGUAACAAAAUCAUCAACGUGCAGGACUUGUUUAUAGAGGUGCAGGCCUUCUGCAUCGAGUUCAGCAGGAUACGAGAAGCUGCCGGCCUCUUCCGCUUGCUGAAGACUUUGGACACUGGGGAGGCACCUUCUGAGACCAAGAUGUCAAAGUGAUACCUCAUCCAGCCCCCCUCCAUUGCUGCACUGUACUGUGACCUGAUUCUUCAAACCCUGAGUGGAUUGCUUGGCUUAAUGGCUACAAACCCCAUUUUACCUACUUAAGGCAACAUUUUGCUUUCCUGGAUGACCUUUUUUUUUUUAGAUGAAUUUUCGGUAAGAACUUGGAAAGAACAUCCUCUAGGUGUCUGGCUCAUGAUUAUCCACAGGGGAGCGUCACCCCAGAGUUAAUACUCAAAAGUAGAUGAGGUCUCUUGCACUAAAGAUGGAGCAGGAUGCCUGGUCUGGCUUAAAACUUAAGUCACAGGCUCCUGAUAAAGCAAGAAUCCCAUUUUCCUGAGGUUCCAAUGUUAAAGCUGGAGUGAGAGAGUAAAUGAAGACAUUGUGAAGGUCUUACUGCCCAUGAGGUUUUGAAUCAUCAUGACAGUGCCUGACCCUUGAACUUCACAUUAGGCACAGUGACUGCAGACACAGGUGUAACUUUAUCCUUCCUCGUUGUGGGGACCUAGGAGACAAGAGAAGAAUUACAUUUCUUGAGCUUCCUAUAAACACGAGGACUCUUAGAAACCUUUCUUGAGACUCUGAUAGCUGGUUUAGUUUUCUGGGCUUUUGUUGUCUUUGAGACGUUCAUUCAUUCUUCUGCUGUGCAUCUAAGGCGUCAGUGCUCUGGGAGGGAAUGUGGUCACUGGGGAGCUGUCAGGUACAGUUGCUCACCGAAUGGGACCUGUGCCCCCCAACCAUGACGUUGGGGGGGCCAUUACCCCUUGUUUAACUCUGGACAACAGUGCCUUACAUUAAAGUUUUCUAUGAACUCUA